AUGUGGCUCCUAAUCAAGAUCAUCCACCACAUGAUCAAGUUCAAAGGGGCCAUCGCGAAGCUCGAGGAGGCGGCGGCGCGCGCCCACGACCGUCCGGCGAGGCUGGACCAGCUGCGAUCGGCCUGCCACCACCUGACAGGCGUGGACAGCCACCUCAGCAGAAUGCACGACUUCCUCGAGAGCGACCUCCCCGGCGACGACCGGCUGGGGAUCUGGGGCCGGCGGGGCGCCGGCAAGACGUCGCUCCUCACGCCGCUCCAUCAGCCCAGGCCGUACCACGCGCUCUUCGACCGCGUGCUCUACCUCGCGCUGGGCGGCAGCUCCUCGGUGGCGGACGUGCGGCGCUGCAUCGGCAUCUGCCUGGGCUACUACAGCCACGGCGAGCUGACGCCGGCGGACGAGCGGGCCCUGGCCCGCCUCAUCCGCCGGGACCUGUCGCGCAGAAGCUUCCUGCUGCUGCUGGACGGGCUGGGGGCCCCCGUCGACCUGGCGGCGGCCGGCGUCCCGAUGCCGCUCGGGAAAAGCGGCCGGCGGCAGAAGGUCGUCGUGGCCUCGGAGACCCCCGACGUGUGCGCCCUCAUGGGGUGUGCCGCGGACAACGUCGUCGAGAUCGGGCGCCUCGGGGAAGACGACGCGUCGGGCCUCUUCAGAGACUGCGUGGGGGAUAAAAUCCUCCAAAAUUCUCGGAUUCGGCCGCUCGCCAAGGAGAUGGCUGAAGCCUGUGGAGGAUUGCCACUGGCACUAAGGAUGUUUGGUUGCCCGAUGUCUGCUAUAGAACAUGCAGAUGAAUGGAGGAACAGCUUUUAG